UUGAGGAUGCAUGUUAAAGGGGAAAUUUGACUUGAAUUCACAGCUAAACAAUUUGAAUUUACAGUUGAACAUAUACAUUUCUAGCAACAUUUUUCCAGACAUCAGAUCUGUUCUGGAGCCAGAAAGAUUUGCAACCUUUCUCUACAAGGUACGAAGACUUUGACACCCCAAUGGAAGAUAAAUUGACUACAAUUCUUAAAAACAGUAAAUCAAUUAAAGGGCCCACUACAAGAUAUAUACUCAACACAACAAAAAUAACUGAAGGAAAAUUAUUGAGGAAAGAGAGAAUUGGAGAAAAAGAUGAAAAACCUCGUAAGAUCAUACUGCUGGUUGGAGAAACAGGAACAGGGAAGACCACUCUCAUCAAUGCAAUGGUCAAUUACAUCAUGGGUGUCAGAUGGGAACACAAAAUGUGGCUGGAGGUAGUUGAGAUAUCAGAUGAAACGGUGUCGCACACAACAGCAGUCACAGUUUAUGAGGUUUUUUCACAGGACAGUCCAUUCUCCCUCACCAUUAUUGACACACCUGGAUUUGGUGACACAAAGAGCAGUGCUAAAGACAAACUCAUUGGGAAAACUUUGGAGGAGUUGUUCAGAUCUGAGGAUGGGAUUCAUGAGAUUGAUGCUGUGUGUCUUGUGCUGAAGGCAUCAGAGUCUCGACUCCAUGAGAGACAGCGAUAUAUUCAGGAUGAAAUUCUGUCAUUAUUUGGCAAAGAUGUAGAAAAAAGUAUCAUCAUACUCUUAACAGAUUCUCAUCUCACUGCCCCAAAAAGAGCCCUCAAAUUUAUAAAACAAUCCAAUGUUCCAUGUGCAAAAAAGAAAGAUGAUCAGCCUGUUUAUUUUAAAUUUAACAACUGUCAGACUGAAUGUUAUGAUGAUGAAGAUAGAGAGAGUUACAAAUCAUCAUGGGAUCAAGGGAUUGAAAACUUUAAGCAGUUAUUUGAUUAUCUGAAUAGCCUACACCCGAUAAGUUUAAAUAUGACUGAAGGUGUGCUGAGAGCACGAAAACAACUGGAUGCCAGUGUCAAUAAUUUAAAGGAUAGAAUCAUGCUGGCAGAACUCAGAAAAACUGAACUUGAACAAACACAAACAGCUGUGAGGGAAUUUGAAAAUUACAGAGAAGAACAGAAUAACUUUCAAUAUGAGGUGGAUGAACCUUACAAAGACCUGGUUACAAUAAAGUCAACAUGGUGGCACUUGAGCAAACAUGCAACCCGCUGCACUGUGUGUGAAGAGAACUGUCACUAUCCAGGAUGCUGGUGGGUCAAAGAUCUCUCGUGGUGUAGUGUCAUGACAGAGGGAAAGUGCACAGUCUGCAGAGGAAAGUGUGACCACACUAAGCAUGUGAAAGAUGAUCAAUUAUAUGAAAUUAAGACAAGAAGAGUCACAAAAACACAUGAUGAUCUGAAAGAGAAAUAUGAAAAUGAAUUUGGAGAACAGCAGAGUUUAUUGUGCAGACUGGAGAAUGAAAUAAAGCAGAUUGAGAGAGAGAAGAUCAGGCUUGUUGAAGAGUGUUAUCAGUGUUUGGAGAAAAUAAUAGAAACUGCAUUAAAAUCUACCAGCAUGUCCUGUUUCGUACAUCUGGACUUCAUGAUUGACAAAAUAAAAGAAACUGGAAAUCAAGAAAGAGUUCAGAAACUUGAGGAACUCAAAAUUAGUGCUCAGAUGGAAAAUGUGGGCCUAUAUCAAGAUAACCAAUGAAUCAGGUUAAGAAGACAUUCAAAGACUCUUAUACCCAUUUUGCUGAUGUGAUUGUUUAGUUAUGGCUACUCACAGCUUAUUUUACUGGUACAGUGAGGGUUCAUAUUCUCCCUACUCAAAAUAUAUGAUAGGCCUACGUGUGUGAUAUGGCUAAACUUAAUUCAUAUGCAUUUUAAAACACAAUAUUCUUUAAUAUUAUUUACAUUUACAAUUCUAAUAACAUUAAAGUUUCUGUUAUCGUAAAUAGAUUUUGUUUGUAACUAUAUAUUGCAAAAAUACAAAAAUGUUUUAUAACAUAGA